CGCUGCAAUGUAAGAUGUGAAGCGAAAUCUACGUUUUACUGCAUUUAAAGCAACUAAAACAACACAAAAUUGCAUUUAAAGUUUUACCGUAAACUAACUAAACAGCCACACUCAUGUUAACCACAGCCCCCAUGGCAAGUGAUAACAUAAUGGAUGAAUUAGCUACUUUGAUACGCACCGAAAUUCCCGAUGGCCGCCAGAGCCUGCGCGACAGCUACACGAAUCUGGAGCGUGUGGCUGACUAUUGCGAGGACACGUAUUACCGCGCGGACAACAAGAAGGCGGCGCUCGAGGCCACUAAGAACUAUACAACCCAAUCUUUGGCCAGUGUAGCGUAUCAGAUUAACACGCUGGCCUACAGCUACAUGCAGCUGUUGGAGCUGCAGGCUCAGCAAUUGAGCGAGAUGGAGUCGCAAAUGAAUCACAUAGCACAAACGGUGCAUAUUCACAAGGAGAAGGUGGCACGACGCGAAAUUGGCGUGCUCACAGCCAAUAAGGUGAGCUCGCGUCAAUUUAAAAUAGUGGCGCCUAUAAAUCCAGAGAAGCCCAUUAAAUAUGUGCGCAAACCCAUCGACUAUUCCAUUUUGGAUGAGAUUGGGCAUGGCAUUAAUUCGUCAUCGCAGCAGGUGCGUCAAAAGCAUCGAGGCUCCAGUCACGGCUCCGUGCAAUCGCUUGUGCCCUCGUCGGUGGGUCCACCGCCAACCACGAAACCGCCAACACCACCGCAAUUGUCUCGCGCUGGCAAUACAGGCACCUUGGGCAAAUCCGUCAGCAAUACUGGUACGCUGGGUAAAAGUUCACGGGAAUAUCGUACACCCCCGGUGGUUAAUCCACCGCAAGUACCCUCGCACUAUGCACCCAACUAUCCGAUUGGACAUCCCAAGCGUAUGUCCACGGCAUCGUCCAGCACCACCAUGACUACGACCACUACAGGCGGUGGUGCAUCAGGCAAUGAGCGUGCGGCCGGCUACAGUGCAUUGCCAAUGCCGCCAAGCCAACAAAUAGCCACGCAUGUGAAUCUGCCGUCGGCGGGCAUGAUGCAAUCGCUGCCACCGCCGCCUCCCACUACAUACGAUGACAGGAGCAGCAUGCCGCCUCCACCCUCGCCUUUGACUGUAUCGCAGCAUGAAAUAACCGAACAGAGUCACAUAGGCAUGCACACCCUGGGUCGGAAUAUUAAUAGGAAUCCGAAUCGAAAUCAUUUCAGUUUAAAUUUUGCACGUCCGGGCUCACAAUCGCCGCCAUUGCCGCCACCGCCGCCACCAGAGGAUGAGCAUCAGGACUUUGGACGUCCACGCACAUCCACUGGCCCGCAUCAGCUGGCGCCUAUUGUGCCCGAGGAUCAAAAUUUACCCGGCUGGGUUCCCAAGAACUACAUAGAAAAGGUGGUGGCUAUUUACGACUAUUAUGCCGAUAAGGAUGAUGAGUUGAGUUUCCAGGAAAGCUCGGUGCUGUACGUGCUAAAGAAGAACGACGAUGGCUGGUGGGAGGGUGUUAUGGAUGGUGUUACAGGCCUAUUUCCAGGCAAUUAUGUGGAGCCUUGUGUCUAAGCACUGCCAACGCAUUAAUCUACACGAAUAUUUAAAAACAAUACCACAGAAACGACGAUGUGGCUUACAAUGAUAAUGAAAAUAAUGACGCUGAUAUUGAUUAUGAUAAUUAAAAACUAGCUAUGAUAAACAGCAACAGCAAGCAAGAGCAAAAGCAAAAACCAGCAAAUAUUCCAGUAGCAUAAACUAAACUUCAAUUAAAAUCAAAUUCAUCUAGUUUAAUAUAAAGCAAUUGCCUUUUUGAUAAAGCUGCUCCUAUCCCAUACAGAAAUACACACCAACCUACUAACAAUUGUCAAUGCAUUUAUAAAAGUGCAGCACUUUAUAAAGCAAUUUUCUACGGCAUUUUUCUAUGUAAACGUAAACUAAAGGAUAAAUAAACAUUUAAUAGAUGAAAAUAAACCCAUAACAAAUUGAAAUGUCGCCCCCUUAUAACAUAGUUCAAUUCAGCCAGUCAAUGGGCAAAUAAAACACGAACCUAGAAUUAACUUAACCACCUCAAGUUAAGCUGAAAUACAAACUAAAUAUUUGCUCACAUUUUGUUCACUUUUAUAGCUACACACCCAUUCACAUACACUUUGUUUUAACAACCUCAUGCCUAACUAUUGUAUUUGUAUUGCUUGGCAUUGAUCCUAGGCAGGACUCGCUCUGCAAUGUCGUAGGUUAUAUAAAUUUCAGUUAGCAUUUUAGCCCUUAAGUAUUGGCCAGUUGAUGGUUAUUAUGUAUUAAAUUGCAUUAUCUUUGAUUUUUUUGUUCUGCUAUUAUGCGCUUGCAUUCUAUGUUUAGUUAAGAAAAAAUGAAGAAAUCAAAACAAUUAUCAUAUGUGUACUAUAUGCAUUGUAUGGCGUAUUAUGUAAUAGCUAAUAAAAAUUCAAAAUCAA